AGUGUGACAAAUAUUAUCUGAGAAUUAUAAAUUAUCUAAAAUCAUGUUCAAGGCCUUUUGUAAAAAUUCAUUCAAGCAUAGUUUAAGACUAAUAUUUUAGGAAAAAUCUAUAAUACUAACAUUUGUCAAUUUUCGGAACACCAAAAAAAAAAAAGAAACAAUAAGGCUCAAUUAAAUAUAGAUUACCAAAUUGAUGUUAGUUUUAUCGAAACAAUCAAUCUAAAACAGAGACAAAAUAAUUUUCCUGUUUAUAUAAAGCCCCCAUUUUAUGCCUGAGAAAUUAUUUUCAACUGUAACCAUCAUCAUGAAGUUAUUAUUGCCAAUUAUUGUAUUUUUCACUUACAUAAACUACAGCCAGGCUUGUAAUGGCUAUUCAAUAAAAAUCCUAAAAUACAAAAACUGCGUCGACGACAGCAUUAUCAAACUACCGGACAAAGAUUUCAACAUAGUUUUGGACAAAGAUUGCAAUUUUUACACUACAGGUUGUGUAGAAAUAACCAAAAGCUUUAAAACUGCAAAGGCGAAAUAUUUGGCUAAAAAACCUCCGAUGCCUGAAUUUGAAGGCGAAGUUGACUUGUGCCAACUUUCAGGCAUGUUAAAGGAAAAACCAGCUAUAACUGAAGCUAUGGCUGUGCUGAGUAUACCAACCAAAUGUCCUGUAGAAAAAAUAAAAGUCUGCGGAGGUCCCGAACACAAAUACAACAUAUCAAAGUACAAAAAUUUUAUUGGAAUGGCAGCUGGAACUUCAGAUGUUAAACUGGAAAUCGAGCAUGACGUUGGGAAAAGUUGUGUGGAAAUACAGGCCAGCUUUACUAAAGCUAGAAGAGGCUGAUUGGAUUUUAUAACACAUACUUUUAUUGUAUUCUUGAAUAAAUGGAUAAUUUUUUGUUUUCAAAUAAAGUUUAUUUAAGGUAAUGGGUUGGAGCAAAAUUUUCUGAGUGCCUUUUUUCAUAAAAUCCGGCUCCAAAUUUGGGAAUAAUUAACUGUAUGAAGUUCGAGGAAUCCCG